AAUGAUAAUGAUGAUUAUUAUUAUUCAUCGACAGCGCAAGUGGUGCCUUCAUGGAAUGUUACCAUCACCUACAAGACAACAUCGUCAUUGACAGUACGGUGGUCAACCUUCCCUUUAAAUGUCCCGAUCCAGCGUUUUUUAGUAAAGUAUAAGGAAAAAAAUUCCAACGUCAGCUUGAUCUAUCACGUCUCGAAUUGGUAUAACUCACAUUACACUGGAAAUACACUUAAAGGGUACACGUUUUACGAGGUUAAUGUCGUUGCUGAAACUUCCGGGAACGGAACACUGUAUUCUAGUGAAGCAAUAACUGCAAGAACUCACGAAGGAGGUAAAUAUGCCAAAACAAUCAAACAAACAAACAAACAAAAAGUCAAUCAAGUAAGAUAAAACAAACAAUCAAAACCUACCAACCAAUCUAAAGCCUUUUUCUGCAUUUGAAUUUUCGUCGACCCUCUCUGAAUUUAGUCUUCCAUGCAAACGGUCUGUUGGCUCGCCAUACAAUGAACGCGUAACGGAAACUUAACAAUGUCUGCGUAGGAGGCUACACUGAAUUUGGAGAAAGGUCAGUUAAAUACUUAAAGAUCGAACAAAACAUUGUCGGGGAUUUGUUAUAAAUUAUUAUUAUUAAUUUUUUUUUCAUACCUUUCCUUUGAUUUCCUCUUAAUUUCUGCACGAUCACCCAGCAAUUUUUGGCCCUAUUUCCAAAUGCUUUGGAACUUUUCAAGUCUGUUUGUCUGUUUGUUUGUUUUUUAGCUUGAAAACAUGAGAACAAAUCAAAAUAGUAGAAUGAGCUGCCGCUCUUAGUUAUAUUUAGUCAGCCUGGGCCGAGUUGUUCAAAGCCGGGCUAAGAUAACCCAGGGUUAGUGCGAGAUUUGAAUUCAAAUUUGAAAGCUUAAAAAGCAUCUCAGUUUUAAUUCUUUUUGUCUACAAGUUAAUGAUUGAAAGCUCUAAAUAUAACAGAGAAAAUUAUCUGAGAAAAUACUUUUUAACACAAGAAAGAGAAACCCGGGUUAAGCGCUAAUCGGCCUUCGAACGACUGGGCCCAGGUGUAUAACCUUCAUUCUGAUAUAGAGCUUAGGUAUUACUUUGACAAUAGAUACUCCUGGUAACCACCUUAAGGUAAUUUUUUAUAUUUCCUUUUUUGGCGUACCUUCUCACCGAUACUGUCAUUUAUAUUUUUUUAUGUCUUUAUUUUGGCAGUGCCAAGAGUUGCACCCUCAGGCUUGCGAGUUUCUACGCUUCAGUUUAGUGAAUUAAAGGUGCAGUGGAAUCAAAUACCUGAGCACAGUGUAAAUGGCCGACUACUAGGAUAUGUGGUCAUCUACGAAGAGUAUCCCUAUUAUCGGUAUAACAGAAAACGAGUCAACACAAGUAGCCCAGAUGUCCAUAUGCUGGUGUUGAGUGGUUUGAAGGCAGCACACUCUUACAGAUUCUGCGUGGCGGGGUUCACACGCACAGGAACUGGACCGCUGACACCUUUCUAUUACGUCACAACAGGUAAAUUGAACAAAUCGAGGUGACGUGACGUCAGAAAGUUUAAAACUGAAUUCGUACCACAAGCCAAAGUCGAUUGGUUUCAUAGCCUGCAUGAACACGUCUCCUAUUUUCUUUGCUGUUUCACUACAAAGAUCUGAACAUGCUGACGUCAUUUGUUGAUUUUACAAUAACAUUGCCUGUUUUAAACUUGCAUUCAGUAAACCGCGCCUGGGAGCCUCAAAAAGAAAAACAGAUUGCGUCAUCAUGACGUCAUUUUCAUGGUCUAUACUCAAACGUUUCAAACGUCGUGCUACUGCCAUGCUGAACUCUAUUAAUAAAUUAGAAAUACAUUAGAAUCAUCUUAGAAGUUGUUUUUUUUUAUUGUUUUUGACAAGAGCUACUUUAUUGAACGUCUGAAACGAAGAUGGCUGAGGUCGUUUUGCGGUCGAAGCAGCUUAGCCCGGCAGAAUCAUGACGUUUGAAACAUGCCUCAUGUACCAUAGUUGUCGGCUAAACAUUGCUUUGUUACUGUAGACUACACUAUACACUGCUGACUGGUAGCAACCAAGGGAAGAAAUACAACAUUUUCAUAUAUUAUACACUGUACCUAUAGUUCCUGGGGAAAAGUAUAUUUACAAUAAUUCCACUCAUUUUUACGACUGGUAUAAACUGGCCCUAGCACAUGGUUAGCAAAAUCGCAGUGUGUUUGGAAUCAUUUAACUAAUUGAAAUUAAAUAACUAGUUUCAUUUCUUACCGUCAAUUAGGUUGCGGAGGAUACACAAAUCGGUCGUUUGGCCGCUUAGAGACUGGUUCCCGCAGGAGCUCGAGCUAUAUAACAUGUACCCUUGUGGUUGGCAGAGGGGGAAUAAAUCAGGCAGUUGCACUUGUGUGGAUACAAGAUCUGUAUUUGUCAUAUUACAGGUACUGAGUAUUAAUUACCUCUAAUUACUUGGCACGAUUCUCCAAGAUUUGUUUGAUUGUAUGGUUGUCUUAAACAACCUCAGAAAGCCCAAAGGGAUCAUAAAUUAUGUAAUUUUGCAAUGGAGGAUCGCAUGUCGUCAGUGUGUAGUUCAAGUGUGGAAACGAUCUACUUGUGGCUAUCUCUGCUUUUGUCCAUGACGGCGGCAACAAAAAGCAUGGUAGCGGGUUCAAACCCCAGCCGGACCAACAAGGAAUGUGCUGAUUCCACUCCGACUAAAUCUAUUGAACGUGUGUGUGUAUCUCAAUCAUCGAAGGGGUAAAUUUGUUGACUUUGUGCGAAAGUUGUCUCUAACAAUGAUUUUAGGCGAAAGUUGACGACCUCAGCGGGCCGGAAAAAAAAAAAAAACAAAAGCUUGUUUCAAUCUCGAGUCAAUACCGGGAAAGGAGAUUACAACCAAGGAAUCCUUGACAUCCGCACACAUUCUAAACCUACAGAGACUUUUCAAUACAGGCAUUUCUCUUCCUGUACCCCUCACGGGGUCAGAAAAGGUCCCAUAAAGGGCGAAGCCCCUAGCCUCCUGUAGAACCUGUAAUCAUUUCGUCCCGCGCCAUAUGGAAUCCGACGAAGGACUUUUUUGAAAGUCUAACGUUCCGCUUAUGAUCUACUGAAAACCAGAUUGUCGGAGUCGGAAUCAGAAGCGUAAGAACCAAACCAAUCAAAAAGCGUGGAAACGUGCAUUGUGAUUGCUUUACUCCUUCGUUUUAGUCUGUUCCAGGCUCCGAGAUAUUCGGGUCCGCUGAAUUGAAAAAGCGCAAACACGAAAAUAAAACGGGAGGAAACUGGGGAGAGCCUGUAAUCAUUUCUUUGAACGACCCGUUCCGGUAUACCAGCUCGUGGUAUACCCUCUGAUUGGUCAGAUUUGACAGAUUAUAUCAACACUCUCAAAGCGGGUCGUUCCUGUCACACAGAAAGAUGGUGUGCGGCGUCCACUCACGUGAACUAGAGGAAUCCACGAUAAUUUCUGUGUUGAACGAAUGUUUACGAGAUUUCCCGCACAUAGGAGUGCCAAAAAAGGACUGAGAAAACCUGCCUGGUGAACUUGGCGUGUGGAAAUUUUUUUUUUUUUUGUAAUCCUGCCGACCUGUUUCGGUCUUGCCUGAUAACAAGGUGGUAAAUAAAUAACAAAACAGUCGCAAGAAGGAGUUAUGUACUCGCUCCAGUCCAGACUCACAUUAUCUUUAGAUCCCUUUAGAAGAACAACCUGGAGUUGCAUAAGAGCAAUCUUGACUGACUCACAACGUAGUUCUUCAUAUUUAAAGUAGCUUCAGUUUGAGCUGCAAUCCAUUCUUCGAAAUUUGGAUCAUUAUUCUGUGAAUCACUAUCCGUGAGAACUUAAAAACACUAACAAUCCUUUGCUUUGUAGCUUUAGUUUACAAAUCAUAUUUUUUUCAGAUCAGCCGUUCUACGGAAAUUAUUCGACAUUAGAUUCUCAUACAAACACUGUAAUUUCUCACGCGUUUGCCUACUCGUCAAGAUGGCGUCGAAAACCGUGACAAGGUCUAUUAUUUUGAUUUAUCGUUGACAAGUCCUGUCAUACUUGUCAACGAUGUCAACUUGGUACGCAUGCCGCUGUUGAACUAAGCUAAUUACGCAAUUUGACAGAAAUCGUGGUCUACAAGACAGUAUAGUGCUCAUUGUUCUUCCCUCGAUUUUGGAAGUGAAUGCCUCGAAAGAAGAAAAAUUAAAAAAGAGCUUGUCCGUGUUCGUCCUCGACUCCAAGACGAAAGAAGACGACAAAGUCGUUUUGCCAAGCGUGGGCUUCGAAAUUAGCAGAGAGCGAUAAGGGCUCCUACUACAAUCAAGAAAAAUGGCUAAAAGAAGACAAAGCUUCUGAAAAGGCCAUUGAACCUACCUCAAAAUCGAGUUUUACGAGUUUCUUAGCGAGCCGAGCGAGCUUAUUAGGCCGCCGAGAGGCCAAGCGAACGNUUUUUUUUUUUUUUGUAAUCCUGCCGACCUGUUUCGGUCUUGCCUGAUAACAAGGUGGUAAAUAAAUAACAAAACAGUCGCAAGAAGGAGUUAUGUACUCGCUCCAGUCCAGACUCACAUUAUCUUUAGAUCCCUUUAGAAGAACAACCUGGAGUUGCAUAAGAGCAAUCUUGACUGACUCACAACGUAGUUCUUCAUAUUUAAAGUAGCUUCAGUUUGAGCUGCAAUCCAUUCUUCGAAAUUUGGAUCAUUAUUCUGUGAAUCACUAUCCGUGAGAACUUAAAAACACUAACAAUCCUUUGCUUUGUAGCUUUAGUUUACAAAUCAUAUUUUUUUCAGAUCAGCCGUUCUACGGAAAUUAUUCGACAUUAGAUUCUCAUACAAACACUGUAAUUUCUCACGCGUUUGCCUACUCGUCAAGAUGGCGUCGAAAACCGUGACAAGGUCUAUUAUUUUGAUUUAUCGUUGACAAGUCCUGUCAUACUUGUCAACGAUGUCAACUUGGUACGCAUGCCGCUGUUGAACUAAGCUAAUUACGCAAUUUGACAGAAAUCGUGGUCUACAAGACAGUAUAGUGCUCAUUGUUCUUCCCUCGAUUUUGGAAGUGAAUGCCUCGAAAGAAGAAAAAUUAAAAAAGAGCUUGUCCGUGUUCGUCCUCGACUCCAAGACGAAAGAAGACGACAAAGUCGUUUUGCCAAGCGUGGGCUUCGAAAUUAGCAGAGAGCGAUAAGGGCUCCUACUACAAUCAAGAAAAAUGGCUAAAAGAAGACAAAGCUUCUGAAAAGGCCAUUGAACCUACCUCAAAAUCGAGUUUUACGAGUUUCUUAGCGAGCCGAGCGAGCUUAUUAGGCCGCCGAGAGGCCAAGCGAACGACAAAUUCGCGACAGGUCCCGCGCCAUAAAAAAAAAAUCGGACGAAGGACUUUUUCAUGACUUUUUUGAAAGUCUCUUGUAGCGGGAGAGCAGCUUCAAGAAAAACUCCAGGAAGCGGUUUGUUGUCGAUUUUUCCAGGGAAGUGUCGAACUUUUUGAAAAUGUAUAGAGUAAAAGUUGGCUUGGCUCAAAAUGAAAACUGCUCGUCGCAAAUAACUAAAGAUGUUUUGUCAACAACAGAAGGUUAGAACAGAGCAGAGCCUUUGAAAUAAACUGUUCAUCUGUUGUCGGGUUUCGUUUGUAACCUUUCCCUGCCGUGUCACUAUUGUUGUCUCUUUUCUGGUAUGCAUCAACAUUGACAGCUUUGGUGUUAUAAUCUGUUAUAAUCUCGUCACUGAUAAUACGCUGCCAAAAAUCUUUUCCCCUGUUUUCUCGAAAUGAAAAUCAGGCCAAGUUGAGGGUAGGUUUUAAACUCCAAGUCGGCAACCCCUGAACCAAUUUGGCUGAAAUUUGGCCAACUUACCGUCAGAUAGUUUUUCUAAAAAACCGUGUCUGCGAAUUUUGAUUUCAUUUUUCGUUUUCGAGUAAGGUUAUUUUUUCACAGGUAGUGCUAAUGAUUUGCUAUCCCUGACUUCAACUGCUUAUAACAAAAGAACAAACCCACAUGAGAGGACACAGAGGCUUUUUUAAUAGAAGUACAAUCCCACGCAGAGACGUUUUCUUCGCGGGUAGCUAAUCCGACUUAAUCCCAUUUAAUAUGUCGCGCUCCUCGAAAGUGCGAAACUUUUUUUGUUGUGUAUUAGAUUUCGGAUACAUUUUCUUAAUCUUCAUUUCGCGCCAGAAUAAAUUAGUUUGCGCGCAAAAGGCUCCAAAAAAAAAAUCACAAGGUUCGUCCCACUUCGAGUCGCCUUCUGGAAAUACGCCGGCUUGGUAGCUGGAAUACAUUGCCGAGGAGAAGAUCUGGCAUUUUUUCCUCCUUGUCGUAUUUUCCCCACGAGAAAUAUUUAUUUUUGUAGCGAGAAUGCAGUGCAUAUCGGUGGAUUUUACUUUAAGCGGCUUCGUGCAGCAUGCUACUUGUGAAAGACUGAAGAGUGUCGGAUUUCAUCGCUCAGUUCGGGUUUACUAGUGUUGGCGAAUGUAAGGUAAAAGAAACGACUACUGUUAAGGUAAGAAUUGAAGUUUUUCAACUUGUAACUCGGCGAAAAAUCGUGCAUAGAACUCGUAAAACCCGUGAGUAUUACCUCUGUUACCUAAUGUCAUGCGAUUUCUCCCCGCUUUUUCGAUGCGUGACACAUAUACAAUCGAUAAACUUGAUUUGCAAAGUUAAGUAUAAUGUACUUAUCGAGACCAUUUGACGACGAUUUCUAGUUAUAUGCUUUAUUUACUUGGCUUAUUCCGGCUACGUGCCAGGAGUUAGAUGACAAUGUUUGUGUGCUAUAAUUAUGCAGAUAAUUUCUUUGUACCUUUUUAUUAACCCUAGCAAAAUACUCUUCUAUUAUGAAGGAACGUUUAACGUCUUUCGGGGCCCAAUAUGGGAAAAAAGGCUUGAUUUUUGGCGAAACGGACUAUAGCUUUUUUUUUUUUCUUUAAAGAGAGCGCAAGGCAAACGUUCGUAAGUACAGUGUACUCCAGACAAACCUAGGCUGCACUUUAGGUGACGCACCCAUGAGUGCAGUGUAACCCAGUGAUUAUUUAGGUAAAGCUAACAAACAUAGGCUUCACUUUAGGUGGCACACCCAUGGGUGCAGUGUAACCCAGUGAUUCUUUAGGCAGAGCUAACAAACAUAGGCUGCACUUUAGGUGGCACACCCAUGGGUGCAGUGUAACCCAAUGAUUCUUUAGGCAGAGCACCCAUGGGUGCAGCGUAACCUAUUGAUUAUUUAGGUAAAGCUAACAAACAUAGGCUACACUUUCGGUGGCACGCCCAUGGGUGCAGUGUAAUCCAGUGAUUCUUUGGGUAGAGCUAACAAACAUAGGCUGCACUUUAGGUGGCGCACCCGUGGUCCGUCUCUUACAAUGCUACACAUUAUUUUUGCUUUACUAAGUAACUACGCGCUGAUGGACAAUGAUUUUCGACUGUGUAGCCGAAAGUUACCACUACGCGAACAGAGCGAUUCUCUGUAGUUUCUGUAUAUAUAAGAAUAUUACGGCAAUGAGGCUCCCGAGGUCCGUUCUCGAAAUCUCACAACUACGGUUUGUUUGGUUCCGAGGUUUGGUUCCGAGUCGGCCUUUUGGUGAUAUUAACUUUUUUUGAUCCAUUUUUUUUUUUUUUCGUCUUAAUUUUCGCGGCCUUUGCGAUGACGGCUUUGGAAGAAACUGAAUAUAUCCGUACUGCGCUUCGUGAUUUCGCAAAAUUAAGGGGAAUUAAUUUUUUUUUCUACUAAGAAAGCGCUUUCACUUUCAGUAUCGAGCCAAUUAUCUCGUUUAUCUCGUUUUCUAAAUGUCCUUGAGAACUGAACAAGGCAAUAUUUUAUUACUUACAGCUUGAAAACCUGAUUUAUUUUGACCAGAUCGANUUUUUUUUUUUUCGUCUUAAUUUUCGCGGCCUUUGCGAUGACGGCUUUGGAAGAAACUGAAUAUAUCCGUACUGCGCUUCGUGAUUUCGCAAAAUUAAGGGGAAUUAAUUUUUUUUUUCUACUAAGAAAGCGCUUUCACUUUCAGUAUCGAGCCAAUUAUCUCGUUUAUCUCGUUUUCUAAAUGUCCUUGAGAACUGAACAAGGCAAUAUUUUAUUACUUACAGCUUGAAAACCUGAUUUAUUUUGACCAGAUCGAAACAAAACUGACCUCUGAAAUGGAAAAACAAAAGCCUUUUAUUUUUGCCGUCUUCGGCCUGCCGAAGCGAUCGGGUCUGGUUUGCUUUUAGAUGAUGACAUUUGCCUGACAGAAGAGUGUCGGGAAAAACACCUCGCGCUGAUCAUACGUGACAAAAUCCGCCGCGCCUAAGCUAAUGAAGAAAAGUCUCCUGGAAAGCUCCAUACAAUUCCUUAUAACAAAGUUAUAAGGAAUUGUAUGGAGUUCUCCGGGAUACUUACAGUGCAAGCCCCGUGUGUCUUCUCAUGUUGACAAAAAUCUGAGACACGGUGUUAAGAAGCGAAUGCGAUCUUAAUUGGCUUAUUCCAUUUAUUUUUGGCUUGCCUGGACUUAAAUUUACUGAGUGACACCCACUUUCACAAAAAGCUUCUCAUUUCUAAAUCUCCGGCCGAGUUGAUUUACCCAAAAGAACUCCUGUGGAGAUUGAACUCUUUUCUCGUGUUAAAGCUUUCAUUUGUUGCAAGAAAUUUGCACAGCUGCUGACCACUUGAGUGAAAGUAAAGUAGAUCGUGUUUGCUCAAUCUCUCCCUUUUCUAAUAGCUAGAGCAUUUCUAGCCCUUACUUUUCUUCCACCCCAGAAAGACUUUUGAGAUCUAGAAAUUUUGCUACCAUGGUAACAAGAUGUCACACUUCUCUCUAAUCUUUUCUUGACUGUUAGGAAACACAACAUAUCAGCGGUUUAAAGUUAAUUAUUAUCACCAUCACCAUCACCAUCACCAUCACCAUCACCAUCACCAUCACCAUCACCAUCACCAUCAUCAUCAUCAUCAUCAUCAUCAUCAUUAUUAUUAUUAUUAUUAUUACCACGUUUUUCUUCGUGUUUUAGUGAAUAUGUCAAAGUAACUGACGGAAAUGGAUCACUGGUCUGGCAUAAGUAUGGAUAUCCUUAUUCGCCGGUUCUGGGAUCUUUCGUUCAGGUUGGGUUCGGACAUGCUGAUAACAUAACUAUUCAGAUCCAUUUAAGAGGAAGCUACAGUCGCUUCAAGCUUCAAUACGGAAUUGUGAAGCAAGGUCUAUUCUCAGGUUAGAAUCUUUGCAUAGAGCUAAUUGAAUUAAUAUAUCGUCAGAUAAAACUCUCUGAUAUAUUAAGUUUUAUACAUUAGCAUUAUUGAAACAUAACGUCGUGGCUUGCAAUCGCGCUGGUUAAGGUAAGAACUAGACGAAUUUUAAGAAAAAAAAAAGGCGGACUGCAGGCAGUCUAAAUUGGGAAGACUUGCAGGUGUUUCCCUUUUUGAUAUUACUUUCAUGUAAAUUUGAUGGUUUAGUUGCACUGAUGCGUGCAGACGUUGCACAAUUACCUUCAAAAGACCCUGAUAAAAGCCUAGCAAUAUCCAAAGAUAUCGGUAUCUCGUAAGGGUGUUUUAUUUUCAUUGUAAUUCAAUCUGUCAGCUCAACCUAUCAACUGGAACGUGACCGUUGGCAACGCCUCGAGAACUUCGAUGACAGUUCAUUGGGAGAAUUUAGCACCGCUUAUCGAUGAUACCGUACUCUAUUAUAUCGCAAAUGCCCACCAUGGUAACCUAUCAGGUGUAGCUGUCGUUUCUGGAAAUAUGAAUACUGCAAACGUUCUGGGGCUGUCAAGUUACACUGAAUAUCAAGUAAGAAUCAUCGGAAUAAACAGCCUUGGUCAACCCUACAACAGCUCAAACGUCACAGCCCUGACAGAGGAAGGAGGCAAGUGUAGUAUAACAAUACUUACGUUAAAGGCAAGUGCGUUUAGGCUUCCUUUGUAGCGCGCUUGAAUUUUCAAAUUUGUUGUGUGUUGAGCUGCGGAGAACUCGUGGAGAGCGAGGCCAUGUAAUUUUCUUUCUUUUUUCUUUGUCCCACGCCCGUGAGAUGCUGGUCAUUUCAUUUUUACAUUUAUUUCCCCGAGCUUAAAAUUUACCAUCUUUCAUUUUUCACCAAAAACUACAUUGUUUUCCCUUUUCAUUUAUGUUUUUGUCAUGAAAAUAUAGUUGAAAAAUAUUGAAUCUGAUUUGGUGAGAGCAAUUCAGUUUUUAGUAACCGCAGUGCAAAAAUGAUGGAAUGUGAUAGAAAUAUCGCAGAGAACGGAUCACUGUGCCUGGCUAAUAAGUAAUUUAUAAAUAAUUAUGAAGCAUUCAGCAAGUGCCGGAAUGCGUGCGCAAUUUCAACAAGAUUAAACUAGAUUGGGUUUCUGGUAUCAGCUUGCAGUUUCUAGGGUUUCGUAGGUGGCAAUUACAAACACCUUCCACUAAUUUUGACUGUAUGAGGUGUCUCUUUUAUUUCAAAUUUAAUUAACAUCGAGCAUUUUCCAAAUGCUUAAAUUGAAUGAUUCAAAUUUUGAUUCGUUUUGAAAAAAAAUAUAUAUAUCAAAAACAAAAACAAAAAAAACAAAACAAAACAAAACAACACACACUCACACACACACGCUGCAAUGCAAUGCAAAAAUUUCCAAUUAAUUAUCUGUCAAUUUUAUACUGUAGUUGACUGAAUAAUUUCGCUAAUAAUUCAGUAAUUAGUUAAUUUACAGUAUCAUAUACUGUCAUUGACUGAGUAUAGAGAAUACACCUAUUUGAACUAUAAUUGAUCGCCUGUGUUUGUUUUAGUCCCCAGUAGGGCACCGUCUAAUGUAAGAGUGUCUAACGUACGGUUUGAUCAAGUUAAAGUGCAGUGGUAUCCCAUCCCUCGUCAAUUUGCUAAUGGGCGUCUCCUUGGAUACACUGUCUACUAUUACGAGUAUUAUAAUUCGUACUUGAGAAAAUCGGCUAGCACCAGUAAUCCGUAUACUAACAUGGUGAUAUUAAGAGGUCUCAAGGCAGCAACUCGCUAUCAAAUAGCCGCAGCAGCCUUUACGUCUAAAGGACCUGGAACCCAGUCUUACUGGCAGUCCAUAACAACAGGUGAUGUUUUAUGUCAUAUUGCUGUUAAAUUUUAGUCAAUUAUAAAAUUCUGAUUAGCGUUGAUCACAUUGCACAGAGAAGUCUUCUUUUCAUACUCAACCUCUCUAUAUUUUUUUUUAUAACUGUGAAAAUGUGUACGAAGAUAGAGCGAUGAAUUCUGAACAAAUUUCCAAGCUUUUGCGAGACGCGCAUUUACAUAUCGGCCAAUAGAUCUGUCAUGUAGCGUAAAAAGUGACUUAUAUGGGGAGAUGUUGCCUCCUGAACAGUCAUUGUAUUAGAAAAAGCAUUACUUCAAUGUUCAUCAGUUCCCCGAGAGAUCUGAAUUCAUGCUUUCGGGAGCCUGCGAGGAAGCACUGCACUUGGGGAAGUCGCCAGAAGUCACGCGAGAGCAGCACGCGAAAGGAGACGCGAGUGUGAGGUGCGGGGAAAGAAGUGGGUGCUUGCAACAAUCUCUCAUGAAAUUUUCAUUUCCGCCCCGGAAACCACAGGAAAUCGCAAAGCGUGAAAACUAUCACAGGAAACAAGAAAUGUGUCAGCCGUUUAUCGGUUACCUGCAUCGGCCACGAGCCAGUGACGCUAGCGUUCCAGGAGCAAAAAUAUUACAAUUACAAUUACAAAGACAAGAUUACCAAAAGAAGACAAUUAGUCUGGACAUUCUGAUCUGGAUCGUAGUCUAUAAUCCUUGAAUUCAGCUGAGACAUGUCGCUUCUCAAAGAAGCUGAAUUCUCUUUAAACCGUGACCUGCCUCUAAAAAAUGUUCAUUCAUAGCAGCAAAAGUUUUCUUUUUUUCUUGAGAAGAUUGAUCUUCCACGCAUCCGUUUGGAUAUGAAAUUAUCUGAUUUCGUCGAGGGGGAACUUUUGAACACAAUAAUCGCGGUAAGAUUUAGUAUAAUUGUAAUGUUUUCAUGGCAACCUCAUCCCACCCCCCUGAUUUCCCGGUUCAUAUAUUCCGCGGGGUUGAGAUCCAAACUGAGCGGUAAAAAAAAAACAAAAAAAAAAAAAAAAAAAAAAAACAGCCACACAGUCCUCAGAAAUCGUUCACCGAUCACAGAAAUAGAGACCGAUCUUGUUCUGCGCGGGAGAAAGUGGUAAUCAUGAUAUUCCCGAUUUGAUGUUUUAUCGUUUUAUUUGAGAGAUGUUUUAUUUAGAUACAGUAGUUUUAUCAGCUAAAGCUGGUUUACAUGAAAGCCGUGAUAAAAAAAACAAACAAACAAACAAAAAACAAAACAAAAAAAUAAAUGUAUAUAUCUAUGAGCGGUUUCGGUUUCGGUUUCUGUUUUUAAUUAGUUUUGAAAAAAAGAAAAAUAUAUUUGUAAAACUAGGUAUUAACCUUAAAUAAAAUAAUUCUAAGCUAGGAUUAUAGUAAAGAAUCAAAGAAGCUGGGAAGCAAUCCGUCCAAUUUAGAUUUAAUUAUAAAUAAGUUCAUUGAUUUGCAAUCACGCAAAUCCUCGGUAACUCAUCCGAAAUAAAUGCAUCCCUAUAGCCAAAACGUUACUGCCAAUUGGUUUUGGGAAGGAGAAUUGAUUUCGAGAAGAGGAGCCCCUAGUAUCAUAGCUGGGCCUCAUUUUCAAAAAUUUUGGCUUAGGUAUUAAGGUGCCAUAUUGUUGUACACCUUGAACAUUUCUACAGCGAACAGUAUAAAUAAAUAAACAAAUAAUAAUAAAGCAUAAAGCAUAAUUCUGCGCACAGAAAGGUUGUCCCAUGCAAGCUCUUGCAGUAGGGGGCCGGAGCUAAAAUCACAAGUGGAAAAGGUUAUGAUCCUAGCUGCGCAGUUUUGUUGUUUUUUUAAGCUUCAGCGCUAGUUCUGAACCCAGAACCUCUCAAACAACGCUGCAAUCGUCUUUUUCCGUAUCGUGUUACUAAAUGUACGGCAAGCAUUUAUGGCGGGUCAGCAAGUUUUUAGCCAGGGGUAUUUCGCUUAGUCUGGGCAAAGCAGAAAUGAAAAAGAUCGAUGCAAGCUCUACUGUUCACCUCCACUCGCAGCUUCGCCAUCCGGAUGUGCACCAACAUGGCGUCCCCAUACAAAACUCUAUAAAUUUGUGUAAAUAAUUUCUCGCUUAUGAAACAUUGUACUGACCUGAAUCUUGGCGAGUAACUUAUUUAUCUCGAUUCAUUUCCCAGAUUCUGGACUAUAUCUAUUAAGCGGUUUUGAUUUCUUUAUGUUUUAAUGACGUGACAGUGAAAACUAGCAAUCAACAGGAGACAUUUCCGAUUUGCGUUGCAGGUUGUGGAGGCAGCUUAAAUGAAUUGUUUGGAAACUUACAAGUCGGCCGAAGAUCGUACUAUUCUUAUUCGCUGUAUUGCAAUUGGAAAAUUGGCAACGCAGGGAUCAGCCAAGCUGUUGCACUUGUGUCAUUACCGCAACUGUCUCUGUCUUAUUAUAGGUUAGUGUGAUAUAUUUAUGGACUGCCAAUUAAAAUAACAGUCAACACCCGCGAAUAAAUUGGAUCACACCGGAAACGCACAUAAACAAUGGCAAAAAUGAUUUAACAAUCAAGACUCCCCCCGCCCCUUCGGGUGGCAACAUGAUGACGUAUCCAUGACAAUAACAUACACAGUCAGGUUUUAUUUACUUAUAAAAGUUGGACGCAUAAUGUAUUAAUUUGAAGUUUUUGUUUCGUUUUUUUGUUUUUUGUUUUUGUUUUUUUUACAGUGAAUAUGUUAAGGUGAUUGAUGGCAACGGUUUCACGGUUCUCAGUCGCUAUGGAUACUCUUCUGUCACUCAGAAAACUUUCAGGGAAGUUUCUUUUGGGAAUUCCGGAAACAUCACUGUCCAGGUCUACCUAAGGCGGAGCUACAGUAACUUCAAGUUACAAUUUGGGAUUUUAAAACAAGAAUCAGGUUAGCCUUUAAUCUGCUAAAUUCGUUUAAUGUUGCUUCAAACCCUGCUACGGAAGCACACAACCCUGUGCACGCUUUGCAGCAAAACAAAGAUUUUGGUAGUACCUCUGAUUUGUUGAACAUUGGUUUCAACCCAUCGGAAUCACUACCCAGAUCUGGGUAUGGGCAGUGACACGUCAUCACUACGGAAUUUCUGCGCUCGAUGUUCAGAUAUCAUUUUGCGGGGAAAUCCCGACCCCCACCCCCAUCACUCCUUUUUUCUACACUCUCCAUGUAUCAUCGCCUGUCUUUGAAACUUACAAUUAUAAUUAAUGUCAAACUCAGAAAACCGUGAACAGGAAUGUUGAUUGUUUACUGGCUAAUCACUGUAAAGUUCAGGAAACGCGAGCAAACCUCAAAACCAUAAUCUAAUUACCGUUGCUGUUUGCGGUCUAGUUAUCUUGCGCCUUAUUGGCUUAUUUCUCGCAACACAAUAACAUUCCAUAACUAGUUCUGGUGUUCACGGUUAUGUGAGUUUCACAGUAACAUGUUACUAUAUUUUGCUUUUUUUUCUUUGCUUUUAGCAUUUCCAUUGGCUAACUGGAGUGUUUCCUUUGAGAAUGCUACUGCAACAAGCAUCCGAUUCUCUUGGCAAAACCUGCAAUCACUUGUUGGUCAACAAUUAAGUCAUUACUUCAUAGUCGUCAAAGACUCAUAUGGUAGUCGUCUAAACGAGUACAUCGUCUCAGGAAAUACUACUUCCCAUUUGUUAUCUGGACUAUCGGCAUGGAGGGAAUAUCGGUUAUCUAUUGUUGGUGUAAAUUAUAGAGGGAAUGCCUACAACAGUACAGAGAUCACAGCAUGGACAGAGGAAGGAGGUACGUGCAUUAUAUUAAAAACAUAUUAUUUUUAACCCCGUUGAUUCUUUGAUUUCCAUAACGAAGCAUUAACGCUUUCAACUCUGUUUUAGCUAAAAGAUCUCUAUAAUGUGUCCGUCAUCUUGUACAUAAGGUCACGAUCGCAAUUGCUGUGUGCUGAUUGUCUCAAUUUUGCGUCAGAGUCAUUCUCCCUCUACAAAUGAAAUGCAAUUUUUUCUUAGUCCCCAGCACAGCUCCAUCGUAUAUCCGUCUUUCAAACUUACAUUUGGCUGAGGUGAAAGUUCAGUGGAAUCCACUUUCCCAGUAUUACGCUAACGGACGUCUCCUUGGAUACAGAGUCUACUUUAGGGAAUACAGAUCUUACUAUUAUUAUUACUCGUAUUUGACAAGUAGUGUCAACACUAGCAGUGCUAAUGUUACUAUGGUGAUAUUGAGGGAUUUAAAGCAAGCUACAACUUACCAAAUCGCUGUGGCAGCUUUUACGUCAAAAGGGGAAGGACCACGCUCGUAUUGGAUGUCCAUAACCACAGGUAAUAAGCGAACCUCUAGUUAG